AUGCCUUUACCUAGAGUAUCGCUCCAAUCUUUUCUCUCCUCCGCCAAGAGCGCUCUCGCCACGUCCGUUCAACAAACCUCACCCGUUACCUUUGUUAUUGGAAACGAAUCCGCCGAUCUCGACUCGCUCUGCUCCGCAAUUGUCCUUGCGUAUCUUCGUACCUAUGCGUCGAGCUCCAAACACAACACCCUCUACAUCCCGCUCUCGAACCUCCCACACGCCGACCUCGCACUACGCCCAGAGCUGAUACCUGUUCUCUCAAGAGCAAAUCUUAAGCCUAGCGACCUACUGACACUCUCCGACCUCCCUCGUCUUAGUCAGAUAUCCUCCAAGCUUCCAGCAGAGAAGACGAGAUGGAUUCUUGUUGACCAUAAUGCUUUACAAGGCGAGCUGGGGAGGAUAUAUGGAACACGCGUAGUUGGCUGUAUUGAUCAUCAUGACGAGGAAGGAAAGGUCCCUCGAGAUUGCGGGGAAGAACCAAGGGUUGUGCGGAAGAGCGGGAGCUGCUCAAGUCUAGUCGUGGAACACUGCAGGGAAGCAUGGGACGCUUUGUCCAAGAAGUCCGAGGACAAAGAAUCAGUGUCAUGGGAUGCAGAACUGGCACAGCUCGCUCUUGCGCCCGUUCUCAUUGAUACUACAAACCUUACAGACAAAAACAAGGUCACACCAACCGAUAUCGAGGCAGUUGAAUAUCUCGAAUCGAAGAUCCGGGCCGAGCCAGCUAUUAAAUUCAAUUCGGAGGAACAUUUCAAGGUAGUUUCUGCUGCCAAGAGUGAUAUUGGGGGUCUCAGCCUACCCGAUAUCCUCAGGAAGGAUUACAAGCAGUGGAACGAGGCUGGAGAUGUGAAGCUCGGUAUCAGCUCUGUCGUCAAGGAUAUGCAAUUUUUGAUCGACAAAGCAGGCAAUGAAGAGAAAUUCUUUACGGCCCUAGAGGACUUUUCUAGGGAGCGGGAUCUUUCAGUCUGUUCCAUAAUGACAACAUCACAAAAGGACGGCAAAUUUCAACGAGAACUUUUCGUCUGGGGCCUCGGUGAACGAGGCGUGGAAGCUGCUAAAAAGUUCGAAGCAAGUUCCAGAGAGGAACUAGGGCUUCAACAAUGGAGUGAUGGGUUGCUUGAUCUUGAUGGUGGCAAGCAAUGGCGGCGCUGCUGGUGGCAGCACAGAGUCGAGAACAGUCGAAAGCAAGUCGCACCGAUGAUGAGGACUGCUAUCCAAAGAUAG